UAUCCGCGUCAAAAAACCAAUUGAACAACAACAAACUUCUGCCGCUCUGUCAUGCCGACGAUGAAGCAGAGAAGCUGCUCGAAUCUCGCCGGCUCAUCCUCAUAAUGGUCUCACUAUGGCCUUGGAAGGGCGAAGAUGCCUCCCCAGCCUCGUUCGAGAAGACCCUGUCUGCGCUGUCUGAAAAGAUCACAAAGGCACAAUUGCAGCUGGACACCCUAAACCAACGCUCUCGCAGACGCAUAGCACUAUGGACUCUAUACACCUCCUUCGCAUACAUCCUUUGCGUCAUAAUCCUCGCCCUCGUCGUCGGAUGGCGCAACUGGGGCGCCGCUGAAUACACUGGCGUCGCAGGCAGCCCUCUCAUCAUGUACCUCGUCCGCGCCGCCAUCUCCUCCUACUACACCUACCGCAUCUCCACCGCCACCCGCCGCCUCGAAGAAUACCAACUCGACCGCACCAAGACAAUCGACAAGCUCAAGACCGCCACAAAAUACAACUCCACCCAACAACUCCUCGAGAAAUACGGCGGCGUCACCCCAGCCCCCAAACCGAAACUAAAACCCUCCACCACCGGCCCUGGAUCCUUCACACACGCACAGCAGCACCAAUCCACCCGCAAACCGGCACGAACCAGCAUUGCCCCGCCCGCAACGGCGAAUAUCCAGCGCCCUGGCUCCCAGCCUGCGACGCCGCAGCAGCUGCCGCCACAGCGGCCACUGGCGGAGAUGUCGCCCCUCGCGCAGGCACUGCAGAAGCAGGUUCGCCAAUCUGCGCCGUCCACGCCAUUACAACAGCAGCAUAUCCCCUCGCAACCACGCGCGGAAUUCGCACCUAACGCUUUCAGUUCCCGUGCUAGCUUCGACAGCAGCAGCGGCGGCGGCGGAGGAGGUGGGGGAGGACAAUGGUACGACCGCAUCCUGGACGUGCUGCUGGGCGAGGACGAGACGCACCCGAAGAACAGGGUUGUCCUGCUGUGCUCGCACUGUAGACUUGUGAAUGGGCAGGCGCCGCCGGGGGUGAAGAGGGUGGAGGAGGUGGGGGAGUGGAGGUGUUUUAAUUGUGGGGGGGUGAAUGGGAAGGAUGAGGGGAAGAGGAUGGUGGAGGAGAUUAUGCGUGGGGAGGAGGGGGGGAGUGAUAAAGGGGGUGAGAGUGAGAAGGGUGAGGGAGAGGAUGAUGGGGUGAGGAGGAGGGAGAAGGAGGCAAGUGAGGAGGUGGAGGUGGAGGAGCAGAUUAAAGCUGGUUUGAAGGAGGGGGAGGAGAAGUGAUAUAUCGUUCUUUACAAGUUUCUUUUUUCUACAUUUCUACUGUCUCCCAUGCCCCUUAAGUGAGACCCAUAUUGUGUCUCAUGAGAGUUCAAAGCUUAAGGGUCACCACGUCCUGUAAGGCGAGUGGUGGAAUAGCUUGCUUUAUGGCUCAAAGACAGACGAUUAGGGCGCUGCACGGGCAACCCUGAUCCUUGAGAUCCUCACUAGCAUGGACUUGGAGGUCAUCCAGGGUAUCGUCCGAGGCGAUCUACCCCAGCGCACGGGACGAAUUGGCACCAUAUUUCGACGGAGUUGAUUAUGAUUCGCACCGGAAUUAAGGAAUACGGCCGCCUUAUUGCAUCGUAGUCGAGGCGACAGGAGGAGUGAAGGUGACAGGGGCCCAACGACGACAGGACGGUGACAGCAGGGUGACGGUG